AACAUUCGGGAACCACACGUAGGAAUGUAAACUCGAUCGAUAUUAGGUGAAACUUUCAAUUAUUCUACCACUCUAUGUGAUAUAACUAAUUAAUACGCGUGGUUUCUGCACAUAACGCUGUAGCAGAUACGACAUGUACUUCCAUGAUUUCCGAAAUUCCACGUCAAAUAAACGGCGAAAACUUCACGUUCAGUGUGUGCCACUCGGGGAUGCAGCUCUCAGUGGAGGUAGGGAGCCAUGCACUAAUCAUUGUGAUGAAUUUAGAAACAUGUCAUUUGGAUUUGAGAUUAAUAUCAAACCAUCCUUGCACUGAUAACGAAUAUAUUGCAGUUGUCGCUUGUAAAUAAAUGCAGUCGGUACAUUAACAUUUCUGAUCAGAGAUUCGAUACUUAUUUGAUAUGUUUUGUAUCAUCAAGAUAUUCUAAAUCGUAAUUCAAAAUUGAUGUCACCUCCGAAAUUAAAGGAAAUUGUUUUGGGGCUACACUAAAUGUAUCGUUGUCAAGGAUGUUAAAAUAUUAAAUACGUAUAAAUGAAAAUAUCAAGUUGCAAACUUUACUGAUUGAAAUUGACUUUGUUCUUUGUGAUAUUUAGGCUUGAAAUUUAAUUUAUAUUGUCAGUUCAAUUAUAUUUUAUUUCAACUACAGGGUAUCAGAUGGCAUGAAGAAAAGCAACACCUGUAGGAAUUACUUCCUGAUAUGAUGGAUUGCUGGCCUUCACGUUCAUAGUGGUAAACAUGUAAGUUCAAUCUCGUGAAUUCAUUUCUUGCGAAUUGCUGAUUAUUGAACAUUGACAGAAUGUGGGAAGAGGCAGAGAAAAGAAUGGAUUUAAACCCUUAGUUCAUCGGAUUAAGACCUGUCUUCAUUGAAAUAAUGGCAAGUUCUGCUUACACUUCAACUCCAGAGACAACGAACGCUAACAGAGCUUGCCGUGUGGUACUGGGUCCCUGUACAGAUGGGCUGCGUGACACACUGCGUCACUAUGUCCCACCAAUAACAUUUCCUCACGUCAUCAAACGAAACAGACAUAAGCUUCCGCAACUGACAGUAGUUCAGAAAAAUCUCAUUCUACCUCAAAAUGCAAGAUACACGGGAUUUUACGGUGAUAUGGACAUUUCCUUAUUGUAUACACUCUUAAGAAAUAUUGCCGUCAUACCACCACAUUCCAAAGGUUGGGUUAAUGACCCAGACGCUAACGACACGUCCAUCUCUGCAACUAUUGAAAGAAUUCGUUUGGUUCGGAAUCAGUGUGUACACUCGUCAGGUCCAUCCCUGUCUCAUGCUGAAUUUGUUUCAAUCUGGUUCACUAUUCGAACAGCCAUGGUGGAUCUGGACACCUUCCUUAAUAACGGCAACAAGUAUGAGGCAGAAGUUGACUAUCUACUAAAUGAAACGAUGGACCCCGAGGGUGUCAGCAUUUUACAAUAUGAACUAAGAAAGCAAGUUCUUGAAGAUCAGAAAACCAAAGAAACAGUAGUCAAACUUACAUAUGAAGUGGAGAAAUUAAUGAAAUCAGCAAUCCCUCCAACUGUGAGAGAACAGUACAACAAAGAAAUUAGGGAAUGGAAAGAGGAAAACAAGCUUUAUUACGAAACUCACAGCUUUCAUUCAAUGAUGGAAAAAGUACGAAAUCAUUCCUUCGUAACACUUGUUGGUGUACCAGGAUCUGGAAAGUCGGCCACAGCUCAUCACAUCGCCCUCAAACUCCAGGAGGAAGGCUAUGAAGUUGUACCAACCAGGGACAUCAAGAAACUAGAGGAUUAUGGCAAUCCUUCGACUCCACAGGUUUUUGUUAUUGAUGAUGUUGUUGGGAUGUUUGGUCUUCAAAACACAAAAUUAGAAGUGUUGACAGAUUAUAAACGAAAACUAACAACUCCAUGCAUGAAUCAGUCUAGAACUCUGAUGACAUGUAGAGAGACCGUAUUCAAUGAGAUACACUCAUACAAAUCCUUUUUUACCGAAGACGUAAAUGUGGUGAGGUUACAUAGUUCUGAUAAUGAAUUAGAUGAGAAUGACAAGAAGCAAAUUCUCCAGAAGUAUGGUUUAGAUGUCAAUUUACUGUCGCCUUCAUUGCCGGUGUUAACUAACCGCAUGUUUCCUCUUCUCUGUAAAUUGUUUUCAAAGGAAAAAAAAUUCAAAGUUCUAGGUCAAAUUUUUUUCAUGAAUCCUGUUCAUUGCAUAAUCGAUGAAUUUGGUGAUAUGCAAAUUCAUAACAAACUAAAUUAUGCAACUCUUGUUUUGUGUAUGAUGAAUGGGAAUUGUCUCUCAGGAGAUGCUUUUGAAAGUACAUGUUUUGCUGGCAAAAAAAGAAAUUUGUUAGAAAAAUGUAGAAUGGAGGCCAAUACAGAUACAUUCAAGUUUAUGGAUGCCUUAUCAGCAAUGAAGGGGACAUAUACGAAAGAGUGUAUUGAAGGCCAAUUCUCAUUUAUUCAUGACUCCAUGUAUGAAAUAUGUGCCUACCAUUUUGGCAAACAGUUUCCUGACCAAAUAUUGUUAUACAUGAGUAGUAGUUAUAUUGCUAAUUUUGUAAAACUACAAAGAAUUGAAAAAAGUAUUGGAAAAGGGACGACGAAGCAAGUUGAUAAUCAAUCAAAUAAGGAAAAUAAGACUGCCAAUGACAAAAAUAUGGGAGGAGAUGAAUGUGAUGAAAGCAAAGAGAGCAAUAAUGAAAACAGUGAGAGUGGGGAAGUUUUUGAUCUGUGUGUAAGGUUACGCGAGGACCAGUAUGCACUGUUAGCUGAGAGGUUGUAUAGAGACAUACAGAGCAUGGAGUUGUAUGAUGUUUUUAAGAAUAAUGUUUUAAAACAACAAAAGAUGUGCGAAACUUUUAUUGCCAAGCUGAAGACAAAGUCGUACGAAGAAUUAAAAUCCUUAUUUCUUUCCCAGCACGAAAAUGUCGAGAACAUAAUGAGAAAACAAGCAAGUGUGCUAAACGAGAGUGAGAAUUGGGAUCAGUGGAGUGAUGAAAGGGAUAGACAGAGGUUGUUAGUGAAUACGAGGAGGAAUGUAGCAACACAGGGUGUGAGAGUGAUCAGUUGGGUGAUUUACUAUGGACACAAUAAGAUCCUACAGUACAUUGUAGGACUAAUUGAACAACACAAAGAAACCAGUGAAUUAUUCAUGAUUUCCAAACAUGGAAACGGAUACUCUUCUAUACAAAAUAGGGAGUAUAUAUAUGCAGGUACUACAAAUAGGCUACCAAAAUACCCGCCUUUAUAUCAUGAUUCAGCAUUGGAGCAGAACAGAUUACUUCUAUUGGGUUGUUACAGCGGUGAUGUAGAAACAGUCCAAUUAAUUCUGUCUCAGAUGAAGAAAAAUCCAAUUGAAAAAACAAGUGAGUAUGAUGAAGAUUAUGUUUUCUGUUCACCACUGACAGUCGCUUGUAAGGUAGGACAUGUGAGUAUAGUGAGAGAAUUGGUGAAGGCGGAUACAAAUGUCAAUCAACAAGAUGAUAGGGGAAAUACCCCACUGGUAGCUGCAUGCGAAAGUGGACAUUUGAGGGUGGUAGAGGAGCUCGUAAAGGCGGGGGUUAAUAUCAAUUUACAAGACACAUGGAAUUCACCCCUGGGAGUUGCAUGUAGUGGAGGAUGUGUGGGUGUGGCGGAGGCGCUAGUGAAGGCAGGUGCUUGUGUUAACCUAAAGAAUGAGAAUGACACAACACCAUUGAUAAGUGCGUGUUAUAAAGGACACGUAAGCAUUGUGAGGUUGUUAGUAAAAGCUUGUGCUGAUGUAAACAUAGAUCAUGGAAGUAGUAAAUCACCACUGAAUGCUGCAUGUUGUAGAGGACAUGUAAGUGUGGUGAAGGAGUUGAUUAAGGCAGGAUCUAAUGUAAAUCUCCAUUAUGGAAAUGGGAAAACACCACUGGUAACGGCAUGCUUUGAAGGACACCUUAGUGUGGUGAAGGAAUUGGUGAAGGCGGGAUCUGAUGUCAACCUGCAGAUAGAAAAUGGAAAUACAGCACUAGUAACUGCUUGUGGGCUAGGACAUGCUAGCGUGGUGGUGGAAUUGGUGAGAGCUGGGGCUAAUUUGAAUCAACAUAAUGGAUUCGGGAAAACACCACUGAUUGCUGCAUGUAAAAGAGAGUAUAUUGAUGUGGUUGAGGAGCUGAUAAAGGCGGGCGUUAAUGUCAAUCAACAGGAUAGAAAUGGGUCUACACCACUGGUAACUGCAUGUGAAAGAGGAUGUGUUAUUGUGGUUGAAAACCUGUUGACUGCCGGGGCUGAUGUCAAUCUUCAGACAAAUGAAGGAAUAAUACCACUGGUUACUGCAUGUUUUUGGGGACAUUUGAAUGUGGUGGAGAAGCUAGUAAGAGCGGGAGCUAAUGUCUAUCUUCAGGACAAAACUGGUAAAAUACCACUGAUAACGGCAUGUUUUGGAGGACAUUUGGGAAUGGUGAAGGAGCUGGUGAGCGCAGGGGUUGAUGUCAAUCUGCUAGAUGACAAUGGGAAAACAGCAUUGGGAGAUGCUUGUUUUGAAGGACAUAUAACAGUGGUUGAGGAACUGGUGAGGGUUGGGGCUAAUGUAAAUCUAAAAAAUCGAGACGGAAAUACACCACUGUUGUCUGCAUGUUUUGGAGGACAUGCAAAUAUUGUGGAGAAGUUGUUAAAAUCGGGGGCCGAUAUCAAUUUGACGAAUAUACAAGGAAAAGCGCCACUGGUAUCUGCGUGCUUUAAAGGACAUUUAAAUGUGGUGAAGAAACUUGUAAAAGAUGGGGCACCUGUUAAUCAACAAGAUGCAAAUGGUUAUACGCCUCUUGGAUCUGUAUGUUUUGAAGGACAUGCAAGUUUGAUAGAGGAGCUGGUGAAAUGGGGGGCUGGUGUCAAUCUACAUGAUGGCAAAGGACAAACACCUCUGAAUAUUGCGUGUUUCAGGGGGCACUUAAAUGUAAUAAGGGAGCUGGUGAAGAAAGGGGUUGAUGUCAAUCAUCAGAACGGAAAGAAGGGAACACCACUGGUCGAUGUAUGUUAUAAAGGACAUUUAAGGAUUGUAGAAGAGUUGGUGAAAGCAGGGGUUGAUGUCAAUAUGCAGAAUGGAAACGGGGAAGCACCACUGGUAACGGCGUCUUUUAGAGGAUAUGAAAAUAUAGUAAAAAAGUUGGUGCAGGCGAAAGCUGAUGUUAAUCUGCAGGAUGGACGUAGGAAAACCCCUCUGGUAAGUGCAUGUUUUAGAGGAUAUGACUGUGUGGUGGAUGAGUUGUUGAAGUCGGGGGUUAAUGUCAAUCUGCAGAAUGGAGACGGGGAUAUACCACUGGUAACAGCAUGUUUUAAUGGACAUGAACGUGUGGUAGAGAGGCUAGUGCAGAAUGGGGCCGUUGUCAAUCUACGAAAUAAAGAAGGAAGAACACCACUUGGAACUGCAUGUUAUAACGGACAUUUAAGGGUUGUAGAAGAGUUGGUGAAAGCAGGGGUUGAUGUCAAUAUGCAGGAUGGGAAUGGGAACUCACCACUAGGGACUGCUUGUUUUAUAGGACAUGGGGGAUUAGUAAAACAACUACUAAAUGCAGGAGCUGAUGUCAAUUUACGAGACAGAUAUGGAAGAUUGCCAAUGACAACUGCCAAGAAUAGAGGAUACAUGAGUAUAGUUAACGACCUAUUGAGAGCAGGGGCAAACUUAAAUGUAUAGAAAUUGUAACAGCAAAAGAUAGGAAAUCUGAUGAAAAACGAGAAGACGUGGAGUCUGAUAUCAAUUAAUGAUAUAAAAGAGAAACAUUACUGAAUCUGCAUUCCAUGAUAUAAUUAGUUAGUAGAGUAUGGAGUAUUUUAACUGACUGUGUGACAUCAUGAAUUAAAUGAAGAAAUAUAAUGCAAGUGUAAUCAUGGUAGACAUAUGGCGUAUUCUUUAUAUAAACAGGCAGUACAGACUGGAGAUGAUGUGAUAGUGAAUGUAGUAUUAGGAAAAUUUCUUUGAACCUUGAGGAAGGGAGAUCUUAAUGAACCGAAUCAUCUGCUAUGUGUAGAUAUGGAUGCUUAUC